CCGCCUCGCUGGAGUGGUUUGUAGGCUUCGGAUUGCCUAGCACUGGAACUCAGAGGCUCCCUCUGGAUGAGACUUGAGCUGUCCAUGCGGCCAGAAAAUCUAUAGUUUCAGCACCGAGGGGUCCGUGGCUCCAGAUAAUAUGUACUGAUCCUCAAACUAAAUAGAAAGCUCUGGAAAGGAAUGAAGGAUGAAGCUCUAAAUAUAGUAUUUACUCAAUAAACAUUUACCCAAAGAUGAGAAGGAAUUCCAUGAAGACGCCAUUAACCAAGAUAAUGGUGUUUGAUUUCACAGAGUAAAUUCUCUUUGAGAAGAAAUUUACGGAUAUCCAAAAAUGAUUGAGAUUGAACAGGCAGAGGCCCAGCUCUCUGAGUUAGACCUGCUAGCCAGUAUGUUCCCUGGUGAGAACGAGUUCAUUGUGAAUGACCAGCUGGCUUUAGCAGAACUGAAAGAUUGUAUUGAAAAGAGGACGUUGGAGGGACGAUCUUCUAAAGUUUACUUUACUAUCAAUGUGAACCUGGAUGUAUCUGAGGAAGCAAUGGUGAUGUUUUCUCUGGCUUGUAUUCUUCCCUUUAAAUACCCUGAAGUUCUGCCUGAAAUUACUGUCAGAUCAGUAUCACUAAGUAGAUCCCAGCAGACUCAGCUAAACACAGAUCUGACCGGAUACCUGCAAAAGAAUUGUCUCGGAGAUGUCUGUAUAUUGAAUGCCACAGAGUGGGUUAGAGAACAUGCUUCUGGCUAUAUCAGCAGAGACACCACACCUUCCCCUGCUCCAGGAAGUACAUUCCAGCCAGUUGAUCUCAUUCUCACAAGACUGUGGAUCUAUAGCCAUCACAUCUACAACAAGUGUAAAAGAAAGAAUAUUCUAGAGUGGGCAAAGGAGCUUUCCCUAUCUGGAUUUAGCAUGCCGGGGAAACCUGGUGUUGUUUGUGUGGAAGGCCCACAAAGUGCCUGUGAAGAAUUCUGGUCAAGACUCAGAAAAUUAAACUGGAAGAGAAUUUUAAUUCGCCAUCGAGAAGACAUUCCUUUUGAUGGUACAAAUGACAAAAUAGAAAGACAAAGAAAAUUUUCAGGUUUUGAAGAAAAAGUGUUCAAUGUUAGUGGAGCCAGAGGAAACCACAUGGACUUUGGUCAGCUGUAUCAGUUUUUAAACGCCAAAGGAUGUGCGGAUGUUUUCCAGAUGUUCUUUGGUGUGGAAGGACAGUGACUGGGCAAAGGAGUCUUCAAAGUAUUUUGUCACUGUUGGCCUUUUGAUUUUUCCCCCA